AUGUGUUACCACAACUACAGCCAGCAUAAUGGCUGCGGGCACAUUGGAGAGUCACAUGAGCACCCGUGGACACUGUGUGACCGGGCCAUCCAACGGCUGAACAACCUCCGCGGGCCGGGCUCUCCACCAGUCUCCCCACCAGCCACAGCGCCGCCCAAGCGCACUUCGUCAACACGACGUUUCUUUUCGUUGAGCGGCCAGCUCUCGCGGUCGAAUACCAGUGCGUCGACGAGCUCCCGGCGGUCGGGUGCAUCUGCGCCAAGGACGUCGGUUUCCAGCUCCGGCUCGUAUACCUAUACCGUUGAGCUAGACUACUCCACCCUGCCCGACCACCAACUCGCAGCUGUAAGAUGCGCCGACCCAACACGCCGCACCUAUGUCAGCAGAGGCAUGGUCGUCUGCAAGGAGUGCGCCCGCUGGAUCGAGGCCAUGCGCAGCAUGAUUCAGUUUUACGACAAAAAGGGCAGUGUCCGGGGGACGGCUGCGUUUGAAAAGUUCCUCAAGUGGGAGGGCGAGGGCGGCGGCGAGCGAGAAGGCGAUCUCACCGUCCCGCUUGACGACGGCGACGACGGAGCUGUCUACGGCGCCAGACAGGCCAUUAUUCUGGGGCACCCCGAGAGUGCCAUGAACGCCGAGGGGCCAAGGGGUCUAGGCACGCUGGAACGAGAGAUGGAAAGUCGAUAUCGAUAUUGA